GCUUCGGCCUUAACCUGGAAGUGGCCGUGCUGCCCUCGUCGGUUUCAGAUCGGGCCCUGAGAAAGAUGGCUACGGUGCAAGGGGCUGAGGUGAAAGUGGACGACGAACCGAAACUAAGCAAAAAAGCUCCAAACAGGUCUUGCUUGUGUUUGACUCAGAGGUCGUGGUAAUCGUUAGCUCCCGGGUGUUCUGCCAUGCUGAUGCUAGCUGCUCUAAGGCUUGUUAGGGGGUCCCUGCGCCAAACCUGGGCAGAAUGGGGUCAAAGGGAACUUCGACUGGGUCAACUUGCUCCUUUCACAGCGCUUCACAAGGACAAGGCACUUUCUGAUAUAAGAAGUGAGCUAAAAAGACGCCUUAAAGCCGAGAAGAAAGUGGCAGAGAAGGAGGCCAAGCAGAAGGAGCUCAGUGAGAAACAACUAAGCCAACCUACUGCAGCUGCCACUAAUCACACCACUGACAAUGGUGUGGGUACCGAGGAAGAAACCCUGGACCCAAACCAAUACUACAAGAUCCGAAGUCAAGCAGUCCACCAGCUGAAGGUCAGUGGGGAGGAUCCAUACCCACACAAGUUCCACGUAGACAUCUCACUCACCCAGUUCAUCCAAGAAUACAGUCACCUGCAGCCUGGGGACCACCUGACCGACAUCACCUUAAAGGUGGCAGGUAGAAUCCAUGCCAAAAGAGCUUCUGGGGGGAAGCUCAUCUUCUAUGACCUUCGAGGAGAGGGAGUCAAGUUGCAAGUCAUGGCCAAUUCCAGGAAUUACAAAUCAGAGGAAGAAUUUAUUUGUAUCAACAACAAACUGCGUCGGGGAGACAUAAUCGGCGUUCAUGGGAAUCCUGGGAAAACCAAGAAGGGUGAGCUAAGCAUCAUUCCCUAUGAGAUCACACUGUUGUCUCCCUGCCUGCAUAUGUUACCUCAUCUGCACUUCGGCCUCAAAGACAAGGAAACCCGGUAUCGACAGAGAUACUUGGACCUGAUACUCAAUGACUUUGUGAGGCAGAAAUUUAUCAUCCGCUCUAAGAUCAUUACAUAUAUAAGAAGUUUCUUGGAUGAGCUGGGAUUUCUCGAGAUUGAAACUCCCAUGAUGAACAUCAUCCCAGGGGGAGCUGUGGCCAAGCCUUUCAUCACGUACCACAACGAGCUGGAUAUGAACUUAUACAUGAGAAUUGCUCCAGAACUCUACCAUAAGAUGCUGGUGGUGGGUGGCAUUGACCGGGUUUAUGAAAUUGGACGCCAGUUCCGGAAUGAAGGAAUUGAUUUGACCCACAAUCCUGAGUUCACCACCUGUGAGUUCUACAUGGCCUAUGCAGACUAUCAUGAUCUUAUGGAAAUAACAGAGAAGUUGAUUUCAGGAAUGGUGAAGAACAUUACAGGCAGUUACAAGGUCACCUACCACCCAGAUGGUCCAGAGGGCCAAGCCUAUGAGAUUGACUUCACCCCACCCUUCCGGAGAAUCGGAAUGGUGGAAGAGCUGGAGAAAGCCCUAGGGGUGAAGCUGCCUGAAACCAACCUCUUUGAAACUGAAGAAACUCGAAAAAUUCUUGAUGAUAUCUGUGUAGCAAAAGCUGUUGAAUGCCCUCCGCCUCGGACCACUGCCAGGCUCCUUGAUAAGCUUGUUGGAGAGUUCUUGGAAGUGGCAUGCAUCAAUCCUACAUUCAUCUGCGAUCACCCACAGAUAAUGAGCCCGUUAGCUAAAUGGCACCGCUCCAAAGAGGGUCUGACUGAGCGCUUUGAGCUCUUUGUCAUGAAGAAGGAGGUAUGCAAUGCCUACACUGAGCUGAAUGACCCCAUGCGGCAGCGGCAGCUGUUUGAAGAACAGGCCAAGGCCAAGGCUGCUGGUGACGAUGAGGCCAUGUUCAUAGACGAAAACUUCUGCACUGCUCUGGAGUAUGGGCUGCCUCCCACUGCUGGCUGGGGCAUGGGCAUUGACCGCAUCACCAUGUUUCUUACAGACUCUAAUAACAUCAAGGAAGUGCUCCUGUUUCCUGCCAUGAAGCCAGAAGACAAGAAAGAGACUGUAGCAAGCAUUGACACAAUGGAAAGCACAGUGGUUGGCACUUCCGUCUAGAAAGUAAUUCCAACUCGUAUACCUCAGGCAUCUGCAUUUCUGCAAAAAGGUCAAGUCUCGGAGAAAUUCUUGUGUGCAGUCAUCCAUUUGACCACCACAGAUCAGUUCAGCCACCAGAAUUGAGAAUAGGAAUUAAAAAUUUCUUUUUACUACUUGCUAACAAAUAAACCAUUUGUCUCUUUACCUUAGGAAUGUCAACCUUUUCCCCCAGACUGCUGGCCUAAUGAAUAUUUAGGGUUUUACCAUCUUAUUCCUUCAACAAAUUGAUAUUAAUGUCUGAUCAGUGCUAGGUAUUGUUCUAAGGAAUCAGACACUGCAGUGGACAAAAGCAAAAUCUCUGUCUUUGUGGAAUUUACAUUCUUUCUUUGGGGUGGGGAGAGACACAAGAAACAAACAAGUAAAUACAUACCCUGGAGGUGGCACACACUAAGAAGGAAAAUAGAGUAGGGUAAAGAGACAGAGGUGCUACUCUAGCAGUGCAGGUGGCAGUGCCAUUUUAAAUACAGCUAUAGAGAAGACAGAUCUCUGCUACAUAACAUUCAAUUAGGGAUCUGGAGACAGUGAGCCCAGCCCAUGUGUGCGAAAGGGCUGUGACUAAAGGACCACAUUUUUGAGCAGCAGAGGAUCUGCUCAAGAGGAGUGGCUGAAGGUCAGUGGGGCCAGAUCACACAAGCUCCUGGUAGUCACACAAGAUUUGUUACAAGUCACAUGGGAAGCUGUUGGAGGUGGAGUGGUGGAGUGCUCUUAAAGGAUGAUUCUCAUCCGUGAAAGGUAACCUUGACCAGGGAAACCAGAUGGGCUGGGAGGACAUGGUGACUUGGACUUGGGUGGCGGGAAUGGAGAUGGUUCCUAAGUUCCUGAGGGUAACAGAAUUUGCUAAUGGCAUAUGACCUGAGAGAGAAGUCAAAAAUGAUUUAAAGGUUUUUGACCCCCCCCCAAGAAAAACUGGUAGAGUUGUCAUUCACUGAGGAGAAAAACUAAGGAAGUAUGUGUUUGAAGGGAAAGGCUGAGUUUGAUUUUGGACAUGCAGUAUUGUUUGUCGCACCUGUUAGGCAUCUAGGUAGAUAUCACCAGGAUGUUCAAUGAGAGUUUGAAGUUUUCUCAUUUUUAUUUUAUUUAUUUUUAUUUUUUUUGCGGUACCAGGGAUCAAACUCAGGACCUCAGGACCUUGAACCUUCGAAGCAGACGGGUACCACUGAGCUAAAUCCCCAGCCCUCAUUAUUUUUAGCUCAACAGGGCAAAGAAUGAAAUAGGUGUGGCUGAGAGUUUGUGGUUACAAUGGAUCCCCUUUUCCCUGGCACAGGGAAGCAACUGGGAAUAAAUACUGAGUCGUUCAA